UAUAAAUUGUAGCCGAGGUCCAAGGGAUAUACACGUGACAUACGCGCUUAGUCACGGCAACGCUGGUUGGGAGGACUGAAAGACAAGGAAAAGAACAAGAUAUAAAUCAUCUCAGAUGGAUGACACCAGAAUAAUCACCAGCUAAUUGGGCUCUUGCUGUCGUCGAAUAUCUCGUUUAUCUUCGGGGAAGCUGGUGUCACUUACACAGUGUUGGCGGAGCUAACUCACCAGCGCAACUUGUCCCGCGAAUUUCCCCCACCACCAGCCCGGGUUUUCUCCGACGCCCUCCGCAAACUCCUCCUCCGCCAGCUCCACCAGCAAAUACGUCUCUAUUUUUGUUAUUGUAUAUUUCGUCUGUUUUCACUUGGACAACCUCCUUCACUCCUUAGUCUUCUCGUUUGGUUGUUGUCUAGCAGCGCUUGAGUUCUCUUCCCUUAAACCAUCAAGCGUCCACCCUACAUAUACCCACCAUCGCAUAGCUAGAUAUCCGGUUCAUCCACGAUGCAGUCCUCCCUCAGAGCAGCCUCCAGAUUUGCCUCAAUGACGAGAUCAUCACAGAGACUGGGCCAGAUCCAGAGACAAUUUUCUUCCUCCAGCUCCUGCCAAAAGCAAAUACAGGAGGCCUAUAUUUUGGGUGCUGCCCGUACACCAACUGCCAAGUUCAAUGGCUCCUUCGUUACCGUACCCGCUCCCGAGCUAGGCGCCGUAGCCAUCAAAUCCGCCAUCGAGAAGUCUGGAGUUCCCGUCGAAAAAAUCACAGAUGUUUACAUGGGUAACGUCCUACAAGCAUCUAUCGGCCAGUCUCCCGCAAGACAAGCUGCCAUCUUCGCCGGCCUGUCCCCCGCCGUCGAGGCCAUCACCAUCAACAAAGUCUGCGCCUCAGGCUUAAAGGCCGUCGUUCUUGCUGCACAGAACAUCCAGCUCGGUCUUGCGGAGGCACAGGUUGCCGGUGGAAUGGAAAACAUGUCCAGAGUGCCAUAUUACCUCCCGCGAUCUACCCAACAAGCACCAUUUGGCAACAUGAAACUAGAGGAUGGCUUGAUCAAAGACGGCCUCUGGGACGUCUACAACCAACUCCACAUGGGCGUGUGCGCGGAGAACACAGCAAAGAAAUACGAAAUCACCCGUGAACAGCAGGACGAGUACGCCGUGCAAUCCUACAAGCGCGCGCAGAAGGCGUGGGCGGAGAAGAAAUUCGACGACGAGAUCGCCCCCGUUACCGUCAAGGGCAAGAAGGGCGACACCGUUGUGACUAAGGAUGAGGGCUUCGAGGAUCUCCGUGAGGAGAAGAUGAAGUCGCUCAAGCCUGCCUUUGUCCGCGAUGGCACAGGAAGCGUCACGGCCGGCAAUGCCUCGACCUUCAACGACGGCGCCUCCGCGCUAGUUAUUACCAAUAAGCAGAUUGCGCAGCAGUACGGUGCUUCCAGCAGGGUGCUUGCCCGUAUCGUCUCGUCCGCAGAUGCCGCCAUGGAGCCCAUUGACUUCCCCGUGGCACCCGCCAAGGCCGUUCCCAUCGCCCUGGAGCGAGCGGGCCUGACCAAGGACCAGAUCUCCAUCUGGGAAUUCAACGAAGCGUUCGCUGCCGUCAUUAAAGCAAACGAGAAGAUUCUUGGCCUCGAGAACGCCACUGUCAAUCCCCUUGGUGGCGCCAUCUCCUUGGGCCAUGCUCUUGGAAGCUCUGGCUCGCGCAUUCUCACCAGUUUGCUUCACCAGUUGAAGCCAGGACAGUACGGUCUCGCUGCCAUCUGCAACGGUGGCGGAGCCGCCACGGCCGUUGUCGUCCAGAGAGUGGAGGGCGUCGAGUAAAGAUAGGGGAAUUUUACAACCUUGUCUAUGCGCUGUUUUUAUAUAUUUAUGUGUAUGUAUGGAGCUUAGAUGAACUGUAAAUAUUAUGUCAUUCUCAUUUUAUACAAUGUUUUAGCGUUCUACCAUGCAAUACCAUUGAACAAAAUCUAUUAUUGUAUCACAAUCCAAUGGAGAGCAGAUGAUUCCAUUUUGUAAGGGAAGAAGGCUUGUUGUGUAAAAUUCCUGUUAUCACACAAUUUGAAUAACAUAUCUUCAUUCAUAUGAGUAUAUUUCCAUUGUGAAGCUACAAAUGUGUAGAUCAUGUCAGAUCAUGUGAAGUGACUCGGAAUCUAUUGACAAUGGUAUUAUAUCUUCUUACAGCUUUUUUGAGA